GUCGGAGAAACUGUAGAGUUGUGGAUGAGAUGGAACAACGUGGUUUUUCAGGGGCAGCAGCUGCAGAAAGUGGCUGGGACCGCAACUGCAAUGCCGCCCGUCUUUAUAAAACCCCCUCGAUGACAGUUGCCGCUUCUUGUUGUGCUCUUUGAUCGCGAUAGACAUGACGUCAACAUUCAUCAGGACCAAACACCAGAGCGCCGGAAAGGGAGAAACAGCUUUUCUGGUCGUCCUACACUUGGCCGUUAAAUUGGUGGUGGUCUUAGGAGCAACCGCACCAACAACGACGGAGAAAGCAGAUGUGUUUUCCUUUAAUUCGAGUCACAAUGCAGACGUGUUUUCCUCUAAUUCGAGUCACAAUGCAGACGUGUUUUCCUCCAAUACAAAUCACAAUAAUGCGACACAUGAAAAAAUAACAUUUUACAGGGACCCGAGCGUGGGGAGCUCGAGGUCGAGCGUGGACUACUACGACGACGACGACGUCCACGAGACGAGCGUGUGGGACAUCCCGAUCGACACGGAGCACAUCCAGGAGAUCACCGACGCUGAUUACUACCACGAGCGGGAGAGGUACGACGAGUUCGAGCGAGAGGUCGCCCUGGAAUUCCGUCCUCUUUGUAGCACUAUUCGACGUCGAAUAAGCCUUAAAGAUGACCUGUAUGAAUACAGACCAUCACAUUUUACAGAGGUUCUUUGCCGCAAAUUCCAGCCUUUGCUGACUUAUGGACCCCAUGGCUAUCAUUACAAAAGCUACUCUUAUCACAAAUAUGAGCAGCAAUGUGCCUAUGAUGGGUUCAAGUGUAUUCAGCGCUCUCAAGUAAUGUACCUAUCGCGAAGACGACGAGAUGGAGACUGCUGGGAAACAACCCGACAAGUCAUACCUUCUGGCUGCGACUGCAUGUGGCCCAUUUCAACAUUGGGUGAAAUUAAAGAGGUUUACUAAUUUUAAAAGCUUUCAAUGUGAGGCCAGUGGUAAAUCACAUAUUGUACUACCAAAUAUUAAAUUUUUAAUAAAAUUCAUUUUGUUGACCUAA